AUUCUCUGUGUAGCUACCAUAACUUGUCUUUGUUGCUCCAGGAACGCAGACUUUUUAGGAUGUCUGACUAAAGACGCGAAAAGUGUGAAAUGACUAAAUGGCAGCCAAGGCGGAAAACUAGGGACUGGGAGAAGGAGUGUUUUCUCUCUUUGAGAAUAGAAGUUGUAUUGGCAAAAAGAAAUAAUACCAGGGGACUUCAGAAAUUUUGUGGGAAAAUGGAAUUAAAAGAUAAAGUGGCCUUGUGAAUGCCUGCCCAAACAUCAGAUUUGAAGAUAAUGGAUGAAGAUCGCGUAAUUGAAGAAGUCUUGGAUAAGUUUGUUAAUUCUCAUGAGCAAACAUAUGAAGAGUUUCUGAGCACUUUUACUUAUCUUUCAAAAGAGGAUAAUGGGAUCACAAGGGGAGCAUUUGGCACCAGUUCUUCAGAAAAACUUCCUUCAGUAAAAUGUACUCAUGAAAAUGAACCAAAUGACCACCACCAUCUGGGAAGUAAAACCAUAUUUCUUCGUACUUCCUCACAAUGUUUGGAAGAACAGAUAGUGGUGGAAGAAGGCCAAAAAGUUGUCAGUUUCCUUCAAGGUGAUCUGAAUCGGGCAGGAAAGGUGAAGGUAGACCCUCUCCUAGACCUAGAAGAUUUGGAUGUGGAUGAAGAGAUUAAGCCUCGCAUGAGCAAGGAUUUGCUGCUGCUUCCAGGAGAAGUAGAACAGGACGUACAAGCCAGUGUUCCUUCCAUGGACCAGCCUCUCAGCCCUCAUGUGAAGCCAAGGCCCACUGUAAAAGGAACAGACGUGGAAGAGAUACCCAGAGCUGAAGUUCAGUCCUCCUCGCUUGAUGAAGGAGAUGAAGUUCAAACUUUCUGUCUCGAUGAAGAAUUCGAUUAUGACAGUGUGACCCUAACCCCGAAGUUCACUCCUGCGGAGAUAGAGAGCAUCAAAGAGCUAUCCAAGCAAAGGACAGAGAACACUAACAUAAACUUAGAGGAAGCCAGCGACUGAUUCACUAAGGCAUUUUUGCUUUAUUUUGUUCUUGCACAAGCAACUUUAGAAUAAACCUACCAUCAUUACCUUUGUGGAAA